CUCGGAGAACGAAAAGGUGGUACGGUGUUUCGUUUCGCUUUGCCUUUCAUCCUUCUCGCAUGGCUCGCUUUCGUUUGUUUUUUUUUGUUCUUCUAGGGCUUGAGGUGCGCGAGGAUUAGGUGAUGGGGAAGAAUCAUACAGGUUUUGUUAAGGUUGAUUGCAAUCGAACUCCUCGAGUUCCACCAGGCUUUGAAUCAUGCACUUCAUUCACCUUGCGGAGACUUCAGGAGGAUGUUACAAUGGCUGGAGGAGCAUCUAGUUCAACGCAGAACCUGAUGGAUAUUGGCGAGAAUGAGAGGUUCAAGAAGUCACUGCGCUGGAAACCUUGGCUGAAUUACAGCCAGCCCAAUGAUAGCUUGGAAGGAGAAUCUGAAUCAGAGCCAGUUGUCCAAGAUGCACCUUCAGUUUCUUGCUUGCCUAAAGGGAUUCUUCAUGGGUGUGUAAAAUGCGAAAAUUGUCAAAAGGUUAUGGCAAGAUGGCGUCCAGAAAAUGCAAGCAGACCAAUUCUUGAUGAAGCUCCUGUGUUUUAUCCUACUGAAGAGGAGUUCAAAGAUUUAUUUAAAUAUAUUUCAAGCAUAAGGCUAUCUGCAGAGCCAUAUGGAAUAUGCCGUAUUGUCCCUCCCCCAUCCUGGAGGCCUCCUUGUCCUCUCAAGGAAAAAAAUGUAUGGGAAAAUUCAAAGUUUCCUACUCACAUUCAGCAAUUGCAUAAACUUCAAAAUCAUGAUUCUGCAAAGACAAUCUGCAGAGAUCAUAGCACUGUGAGGAAAAAAAGGCAAAAGCUCUGGAAAUCUGGUGCAAAAUUCUGGCACACUAGUGGAAAUAAUGGAAAUGCUAUUGAUGUUAAAAAGCCUGAUUACCAUAAUGAUGAGAGGUUUGGCUUUGAAGCCGGUCCAUGUUUUACUUUGGAAUCGUUUCAGAGGUACGCAGAUGACUUCAAGGAGCAAUAUUUUCGAACUGAGGAUGAAGAUAUAGAUCUGGGAUCUAGGCAGUGGGAACCAUCAGUAGCAAAUAUUGAGGGUGAGUAUUGGCGGAUAGUUGAAAGUCCAACAGAAGAAAUUGAGGUUCUCUAUGGCUCUGAGCUGGAUACAGGAGAUUUUGGCAGUGGUUUUCCUAAAUCAUCUUUUGCUUCUGUGGAAUCCCAAGUGGAUGAACGGUAUUUGAAGUCAAGCUGGAACUUAAACAAUUCCCCCCGGCUUCCUGGCUCUGUCCUCUCUUAUGAAAAUGAAAGCAUUUCUGGUAUUUUAGUUCCUUGGUUGUACAUAGGGAUGUGCUUCUCAUCAUUUUGUUGGCAUGUUGAAGACCACCAUCUUUACUCAUUAAAUUACUUGCAUUGGGGUGCUCCCAAGAUAUGGUAUGGAAUUGCCGGAAGAGAUGCCUUGAAGUUGGAGGCUGCCAUGAAGAAACAUCUGUUGUGUUUGUUUGAAGAACAGCCCAACUUGCUUUACAAACUCGCUACUCAAUUUUCCCCAACCCUGUUGAAAAUGGAGGGUGUCCCCAUUUAUCGUUGUGUUCAGAAUUCUGGAGAAUUUGUUCUCACUUUUCCCCGAGCAUAUCACUCGGGAUUAAGCUGUGGGUUUAACUGUGCAGAGGCUGUAAAUGUUGCUCCUUUUGAUUGGUUGCCACAUGGGCAUUGUGCUAUUGAACUUUAUCGUGAACAACAAAGGAAGAUAUCAAUAUCUCAUGAUAAAUUAUUGUUAGGGGCUGCAGCAGAAGCAGUUCGGGCUCAAUGGGACGUUUUAUUAGUGGCGAAGGACAUUGCAGAUAAUUCAAUAUGGAAGGAUGCUUGUGGAUUGGAUGGUAUCCUUGUUAAGGCACUUAAGGCCCGUAUUGAACUUGAACGUUUAGCAAGGGAAUAUCUUUGCAGUGCAUCUCGGUCUGGGAAAAUGACUGAUGUCUUCAUUGCCAACAAGGAAAGGGAAUGUGUUGUGUGCCAUUAUGAUUUGUAUCUUUCUGUGGUUGGCUGUCCAUGUUCUCCGGACAGAUUUGCAUGUCUGAUACAUGCAAAGGAGUUAUGCUCAUGUGCUUGGAAAACAAGGUUUUUCCUUUUCCGCUACGAGAUCAGUGAACUGAAUGUGCUGCUUGAUGCCUUGGUAGGCAAAUUGAGUGCAAUUCAUAGAUGGGGAAGUUCACAACUUGGACUGAGUGCUGUAUCCAAGCCUUUUGUUAUUGAUCCAUUACGUAGAAUAAAAGGAAUGAACGAAAAACCAGUAACUGAAGGUAGUUCAACCGGCAGUCAGUUGUCUGAUAAGACUUUUAUGAUGCAAGCUGAUUCAUUGGAAGAACCAAAAAGGAAAGUAUACAGAGCACUUAGCUCAGGUGAUUCAACUGUCGCAGUUGGGGCCCACUCACUUUCCUGCCAGCAUCCUGAGUCAGUUGUGGAGAAGCCGUGCCCUCAGAGCAGGUCCAUGACUGGAGUAGUGGAAGAUCAGAUCAUACAGGCAACAGGACGGAGUUCAGAUCUGAAAUCAUCUGGCCUGAAUCUACAUUUUCAAGAAGUACACAGGAAAGUACCAGCAGCUGAGGGUAUUAUAAUAUUAAGUGACGAUGAAGAUGAAGGAGAUAAUGAAGUACUCUCAAGUGUUACAAAGAAAGAGUGGAAAAGUCUUGAAGCUCCUGCCAGACUUCCAAGGCUUUACAAGGUAACUUCUAGUGGUUCUGAAGGGGUCAACAUUAAUCAAAUCCCGAAGUCCACUGCAUCUGAAGUAAGCCUAAAUGUUCGUGACUCUCUACCCAAUCAACAUAUAGUUGACAGACACUCAACCUCGAUUUUCUUGGCAGCAAGAGAUCAUCAAAAUGGGGCAACACAACCGGAGGAACUAUCAAACCUAAACAAUCCAGAAAUUCUUAGAAGCUUAAAUCAAACUAGAUCUCAUAUGAAGCCCGUGACGACACACAAUCAGGAACAUGCUUCACAUGCUGCUCUUAUUAGUGAUGCAACUGAGGAGGACAUUGUGAAUAUUGUAGGUGAGUCGGAUAAAGCCGAGAUUUCUUGUUUUCUUCACUGUGUUGGGGAAGGCGAGAGAGUUUCACUUGAAGGAAAGGAAUCUGAGAGUUCAAGCACAUCCAUUCUGCCAAGUGGUCUCAACAGAGGCAAUCAUCUUGUGAAGGACUCUUGUAUGGCUGAGGUGUUGCCUAGGAUAAAUUGUAAUGUCAAACCUUUGGAAUAUGGUGUUGUAAUGUCAGGGAAGCUAUGGUCUUCCAGUCAAUCGAUAUUCCCUAAAGGUUAUAGAAGCAGAGUUCAGUACUUGAACAUAUUAGAUCCAACACAAAUGUGCGAUUAUAUCUCUGAAAUUCUGGAUGCUGGACUGCUUGGACCUCUAUUCAUGGUUACACUUGAGCAAUGUCCAAGUGAGGUAUUCAUUCAUGUUUCUGCAAGUAAAUGCUGGGAAUUGGUUAGAGAAAGGGUGAAUAGUGAAAUUAGUAGACAGCGAAUCAUGGGAAGAUUUAACUUGUCCUCCCUGGAGCCUCUGGAGUCCAUUGAUGGUCUCAAGAUGUUUGGUUUAACCUCACCGGAUAUCAUUCAGGCCAUUGAGGCGAGAGAUCACGAACAUGUCUGCACAAAGUACUGGCAAUCCAAGGCAUCAAGACGGUUAAUAUCCAGGGAGUAUGAACAUAGUCAUGACAGAGAAGAGAGCAGCCAAAGCCCAUCUCUGCCUUCAGGCAAUAAUGUGGUCCUCACAGGUUUAUUCAAAAAAGCAAACCCUGAGGAGCUUGAUGUUUUGUUCUGUUUAAUCAAUGGUAUUGGUGAUGGUAUCUCGGACCCUCAUAAACAAGAAGCAGUUAAACUCCUGAUCAAAGAAAUUAGAGGCCGUUCUAGAUGAGUCUUUCACCUCGACAUAAACCCUUUGUUUUUACUUCUCAACUUUGAUUUUACAGCAGGCCUUGUUGAUAAUAUCAAAUAUAUAUAGAUGAUAUACUACACAACAAAAGGUCAAAAACAAAUUAUCUGAUGCUAGCCGUUUCCGGAAGACGUUACAUUUCGCUUGAUGUUCUUUGGCAAUGAGUAUGCAGUGCCCAUCCCAGAAUGCCCAUUAUCCACUGGUUUUGUGGGAAGAUCCCUUUCCGGCAUCCCAUUCCAAGGAGCAUUUCUUUCAACAAGCAAUUAUGGAAACCUAAAGUGGUGGGACAUGUGUGUGCAUAUAACCCUCACUAACAUCAAAUCAUGCUCAGUCUUCUGUACAACUCCAUCUAACAUUGGAUUUGGUGUUUGUGUCUUCUGUGGCGGCUCUCUAUUAUUUACAUCUUAACUUUGAGUUUUGGACUUGAUGCAAUGAAUGCUAACGUGCUUCAUAGUUCAUACC